CCGAAACUAACUCAAUUCCUUUCUUCUUCCCUCCCUCAGAAUUUUAUCCUCUCCAAACUUCGAGCACUAUAUCCAUUUUGUCCUAUCGCGAUGUCUUCAGAUGAGUCUCCAGGCUAUCCUGUUCGCCGAAACAACUCCUGCAGCGCGGGAGAGUCAGAAUGUGGUCGGACGUGGGGAACUUUCUAUGCUUGCUGCCCCGGAAGUUCUCAAUGCUUAGACUCGCACUCCACCAAGAUCAAUAAUUUUAUUUGCUGUCCUAACUCUCUGAAUUGCACAGAUGUUCUUGCGGAUGUCCCGACUUGCGCGAAUCCAAGCUGGGACCUUUACAAUUCCACGGGUUAUUUCUGUUGUGAGCCCAAUCAUGCUGGGUUUUCUGUCCAAGGCACUGUUUCGGUCGGCUGUCUCGACCCGGGUGCUGCUCGCAACUUAUCCUAUAAUGCAUUAACACCUAGUUCAACCGGUGCUGCUUCCAUCACUCCAACUUCCACCACUCCAACUUCCACAUCUACUAGUACCCCCACAUCAUCUUUAGACGCUGAGUCUAGUACUUCGGAUCAAUCAUCACGAACCAAUACAGGGGCUAUAGCCGGUGGUGUGGUCGGUGGCGUUGCCGGGGCGGCCGCACUUAUUGCAGCCCUCUAUUUUCUGAUUCGCUAUCGGAAACGACAACAGCCACGGCAGCAAUCGCAGUAUCUCGCGCCCCCUUCAUCAGUGCCUGGGUAUGCGCUCGAGAAAGACGCCUCCCAACCGAAUGAAAUAGAUGAUGGACGCAUGGUAGCGGAAUUAUCAGAGUCUAGUGACCAUUCAGUCAAUAGGCGUUAUGAGCUGCCGACAGCUAGUUAAUUUUGCAUUUCCUCGUCGGGGCUCGCAAUUAAACUCCUACUAUCCGGCCUCAAUGCUAGUGACAGACCAGGAUCUGGAGCAGGUUGAUAAAGAUACACUAGAACAAUAUACAUGAAGUUGUUUAGACCAAAGCGGAACUUUUAUCAGAACAAGAACCUUUUGCAAAUGACGAUUCGUUUGCCCUCAUCCUCGGUCAGCGACUUCAUGCAACGAUUAUCUCAAUAGUUAAAGUUACUCCACUUGAGAAUAAAGCACGAUGAGCUGUGGUUGACAGUCCAAAGAGGAUUCUCCAUACGCUCCGUAUGGAAGCGGGCUCCGUCAGGAAUAGAUUCCCCUGAUCCUCGGCAGAUAACUAGCUAGUUUCGUGACAUAAGCUAGUUAAC